GGCUCUCUGCACGCAUCUUCAUUCGUACGUUUUUGGUGCGCUCGCACGUUUGGCAUGCAAACAAAAUUCAGUAUUAAAUUGAAAAUCUCGUUAUUAUGUUGUGUUCGCACGGUUGGAAUUUUUCGAAACCCCCUCUCAAACGGCAACGCCACACUCCCCGCGGUUGCAACUAACCGAAUAGACAGCCAAGCUAGCUAGCUAGCCCACCCACCUAAGGCGGGAGUUGUGUUGUGUAUGUGCACACAGUGCGGCUGCAACAGCUUGCAGGAGAACACACGAAAAACGGCACUUAUCCUACAUUUUGCUGAGGGAUGUGUCAAAAAUUGCGAAAAAUUCAUUAAUAAACUAAAUGCAAAAUUGCUGCAUGGAAAUGAAGUGGAAAAUUAGUAAAUUGCAAAGUGCGAGUGUGCAAGUGAUGAACGGCAAAAGAGUGCGCGAUGACUGGACAGCAAUAGUAGACAGCAGCAGCGAGUAGUGUAGUGAGACAAAGCGUGCGGUCAAGUUGGAAAAAAGAUUUCGGUGCCAGCAAAUAUACGAGUAUACGGGUACAAAACUACUAAACAUUUCAAUUUUGUGUCCGUGUGUGAAAUUUUUAAAAGUUGCGAAAAUGUAGUAUUCAAGUAGAAAGUGUUAAAAAACAAAGUGUUGCCAAACGGCCUGUGCCACCAUACAGUCCGUUAAUUAAUCAAACUAAAAUGCAAAUCAAUCAUUUGGUUGUCAGCAAAAUUGUCGGUUUCUCUGCCGCCGCUCAGCAAAAUUGUCAAAUUAGCAUACGUCGACUACAAUCUUUAGUUUGAAUUUUCACGCACUAACAAAUGUCAGUUGGAUAGAGCAGAACAAGCAUCGAUCAGCUGUUUGCACGUGCAAAAGGGAAUGGGACCUAAAAAGCGUCUCAUUACAGCAGCUGCCGCCGCCGCUGGCGCCACUACUACAGAGCGUCAGCAACGCUCGUCGAGCAACACAGUCGCGUCGGCGAAAAAACGUCCGACACCGGGCAAAGCACACAGUUCGCCAGUGGCACGUAAACCGAUUGCCGUUGCCAACAACGCGACGUCGGUGAAGCGUAGUACGCCCGGUCGUACACCGUCUCCAGCUAAGAAACAGCAAACAGUGAUCAGUAAAGAGCACGAGAAAGAAAGGGCAGCAGAGAAAGAUAAAAACGUAGAGAAAACGGAGGGUGAAAGCAAAGUGUCCGAAAACCUUGAAACGAAUCAAGGUUACGUGGUGGUCAAAAAUAUUGACAACGCUGGAACUGCUGAAGAAAGUUUAGCAAAGGAUCAAGCGAAAACUAAGCUCGAACAAACUGAAGAUUCUGCAAGUAGUGCCGCGCAUAUAAUUAAGUCUACGAAGCGUACGCCCUCUCGCGAGAAUGUGAAAAAAUCUAACACUUCCGAGACGAAAGAAAAGUCUUCCUGCACUGCUAACAAAAAGGUCGAGCCGGAGAAGCAAAAGGCUGAUUCGGAACCACCAAGCACAUCCGCCACUUCCGCCAAUGCUAACAAAAGCAAGGUGGAGGAUCGUAAAGAUGGGAAGAACAAAGCAAUAAGUAAAAUGCUCAAGAGUCUCGAUAUACAAAUAAGCGGUUUCCAUAAUAUACUGCCAAGCGAGGAACGUAUACAAGAUACGCUGAAGUCCUCGAUAUCAGAGAACGUCAAGACGAAGUCACGUGCAGCUGCGGUUAAAGUGAUAGCGAACUUAAAUCCGCCGAAAUCAAAUAUAGCUCGUAUUAAAGCUCGACAAGAGGAAGAUAGAAGGGAGAAGGCUAAAGAAAAGGAAAAGGAAAAAGAGAAAGACAAAGACAAGGAGAAAGAUAAGGAUAAAGAUAAAGAUAAAGAGAAAGAUAAAUCUAAAGAAAAAGGAAAAGACAAAGGUAAAGAAAAAGAAAAGGAGAAAGUGGAAGAAAAAGAUUUAAAGUCCAAAGAAACAGAAAAAGUACUUGACACCGCACAACUUCACAAGGAAACCUCAAACAUAAACACAGAAGAAUCUCCUGUCACACAUGAAGAGACACAAAAAUCGAAUAAGCAUUCGUUAGUCCCUAUUAAAGAAGACACUACGAAGAGUAGCGAAUCUCAAGUGUCUCCCAGUGAAACAAUUAAAAAUACUACUGCCAAAAUGGCACCCAAAAAAAAGGUUACGGCAAAGCGUGCCAAUAAGACCGAAGUCAAUCAAAAAAGCAAGAAAGCGCCUUCGCAAAAAUCAAACGAUCAUGAAUCCAAAGCACAGAAACAAACUGGCAAUCCCAUAAAUGAUGCCGUAGUUGGAACGCCGUUAAAGAAGAGACUACUUAAGGCUAAACCAAUAAAGAAAUCCGCUGAGGAGAUUAAGGAAGAAACUGCCGGAACAAGCAUGCCAGCCGAAGAGAAGUCAGGCAAGGAAAGUUGUAAGGCUGUAGAGCCACCUGAGCCACCGGACAAAGGUAACGUAGAAACAAAGGCUGAAAAAACUCCUAAAAAGACGCCCUCACCGAAAAAAGUGAAGACGAAUCCAAAGAAUCCAGACAAGUGCAAUAUACAAGAAACUGAGAAGACAGUUGUAGAACCUUUAGAGCUAAUAGAAAAAGAAGAAACACUAAGAAUAGUAUUAGAUGCUAAUACAGAAGUAGUGCAAAUGGAUAUAGAAGAAAUGCCGGUUUGUGCAAGUGCGCCCAAAGAAGUGGAGCACAAGAAAGAAGAACUAGAUGUUAAGUUGCAAGAAGCGGAAGUUGAGAACGUGAAACAGGAGCCACUCAAACAGGAAGAAACCACUGAAAAGGCGACGAGCUCUGCUCCGUGCUCACCACUUAUUGGAAAGAAGCAAAUGUCAAAUAUUAAGCACAGAUUACAAAGCAAGUACAAAGUGCCGCCGAUGAAGUCCAGCCCCACUGCAAAGUUGGUAGGCAAGAAAUCUAAAUUUGCGCAAAAAUUGGCAGCUGAUAAAGCAAACAGUUCUGCUGCCAAUGAUAUCUAUGACUUUCGUUCAGGCUCUGAGGAGGAGGAUAAUAUUAAAAUGGAUCUGCCUACUUUGAAGAAUCUACGCGAAUUCGCCGAUGAAGAACACAAAACCAAAUGCACUAACGAAAGUCUCAAGAGCAAACAAACUUCAUGCGAGGUCGACGAAAAGGAAACAAAGGUGGAGGAGGCUUCACAUGGAAAAGAGGAGCAAUUGACAGAACCAGUACCGGAAGAGAUAAAAAAGUCAAUGGAAAAUGCCGAAGCUGAAGAAAAGGCCAACGAGAAAGUUGAAGAAAAUAUAGCUGAAGCGUCAGAUAAGGCUGAAGAGGAUUCUGGUGCCGUAGCUCCGACUACAUCUAAAACUAAAAAGUUAGUCAAGUUAAAGGUGACAAAGAAAGUCUACAAGAAGAAACCUCUGAUAACAAAGAAAAUUAUCAAAGCAGUCAAGGGGAAAAUGUUACAAAAGGAAAAACCAAAAGUGAAGAGCAGUAAAGUACAAAAAGACUCCUCAACGGCAAGCAGCGACUCGGAAGAUGAGAAGAAGCUAAUCGAUUUUGGCCCUAAACGCCAUCGCAUGGCUUCACUGAAUGCAUUGGCCAAGGUGCAGUGUCUCUAUGAGAACGAAUCACGUACGGCGUAUGAGUUAGGCCUGUCAAAAGCAACACAGCUUCCACCCAAGAUACGCACAGUGGAUGGAAGUGAAGAUGAGAAGGACAAAGAUAAAGAGAAGGACAAAGAUAAAGAGAAGGAUAAGGAUAAGGAAAAAGAUACGGAUGAUAAAGGCAAAUCAAAAAAGGAUAAAAAGAGCGAGGAAGCCACCAAAGCCGAUGAGCCACAAAAAGCCGAAUCAGAAGAUGAACCACAAGAGGUGGAACCAAAGCGAGAAUUGCGUCAUGUACCGGGCGGUCGUGGACUCGGUAAGCAUUGGGAAUUCGAGGAGAGUGGUGAUAGCGAAGAUGAGGAGAUAGACAAAAUGAAAUUGAAGCGCAAGAAAUUACAGAAAAAGUUGGCGAACAAGAAAGAAAAGGAAGCAGAGAAAUUGAGAGAAAAGGAAAGAAAAGAGGAAGAGGCCUCGGGUAGCAAAAUUUCCAAAGCUAAAGAAGACAAAGAAAAGGAUACUAAGGAAAAAGAUACUAUCAGGGUGAAGCGCAAAUAUACGAAGAUUAAGAAACCACUGAAGAAGAUAGUUAAAUUGAAGACCGAUAGUUCCGAUGGUGGCGAAAACACUGACGCAAGCGAUAAUGACGACAAAACGCAGGAUAAAGAGAAAUCGAAGGUACAAAAGGCAAAACUAGAAGCGCGAAAACCGCCAAAAAAGCGCAAGCGCAUGUUACGUGAAGAACUAAUUGGCGAUUACAAGGGCAUUUUGGCACGCAAACGCAUGGCGAGUUUGAACGCCAGUGCCAUAGUUGCGGCCACUUACGAGGUAGAACGUCAUCUUGAUAAAAAUCUAGCCUACGGCAGCUACGACAGUACCGAUGGUGAGGAAAAAACUUCUACGCCGGCUAAAAAAUCCAAGGAUGUGGCAAAGGACGCUAAGAAAACGUCCACAGCCACAGUGACAUCCGAUGAGACUUUGAAUACAAAAGAUACUGGAGAAGGCACUGCUAAUACUACUGCUACAGCCAAUAGUUCGAAUGCGUCUACUGCCAGCGGCACUGCCAGAGAGUCAAGGCCGUUGAACUUGAAUGAAGAGAGCAACGACUCCAAAUAUUCAAAAGAAACCAAAGAGACAAAUACAGAUACAACUACCACAGCCGGGUUUCGUGAUUCGGGCAGCACCAAGGACGCUAAAGACUCCAGUCGACCGACCUCAUCCAGCGUAGUUAUCGUACAGGAUACCGACGUAACUAUCACGGGUGUGUAUGUGAACUCCACAACGGGUUCAAGUCAGGAGGCGUACUGUAAAAUGCAAUAUCGUGUGCAAUCCAGUGUUACCGAGGAGCGAUUGUUGCGUCCCAGUUCGGUAGAUCCACCAAAAUCUUACACGCCAUUGAGCGCGCUCUCUAGCAUGCUACCGCCAGGUGCGUCAACAGGUGGCGCCAUGAGUGACGCGCAAGUGUCACCGCCACCACCACCGCCGCCCACUGCAGUCGGCACCACCUUACCUGAAGCACUUAGCGGAGCUGGCAUGUAUCACGCCAGCGAUUUAGGAUUACAUCCCGAGCAUGGCGCGCCUGAACAUGGUCCGCCACCGCCCUCAUAUGCAGCGGCCGCUGCUGCUGCAGCAGCUGCCUAUCAUGCACAUCAUAUGUCACCAGCUGCAGCCGCCGCCGCUGCGGCCGGCAUGCAUGUACAUCAUCAGCAUCAAUAUGCGCACGCACAUGCGCAUCAAUAUCCACAAGUAGGCGGUGAGCAUGGCAUGCAUGCUGGGCCGCCACCCACAGCUGGUGGUCCACCACCACCGCCACCACAUCACUAUCAACCACCGCCACCGUCACAUUACGGACCGCCGCCACCACCACCGACCGCAGCAAGCGUGGUUGGACCAGUGCGUUGUGAUGUGGUAUCGCCACCACCAACUUAUCGCUCCAGCGUCUAUGCGCCAGCAACUGGACCGCCGCAUCAGCAGACAGCGCCUAGUGGCCUGCUGCCACCGCCACAUUCCACGCUCUCCAUGACAGCGGGUGGCGGUGCGAGCGCCUUUUGCGCGCCCAACAUACAUCAUCAUCAAGCACAGCAUCAGCAUCAACACCAGCAGCAGCAACAACAAGCAGUAGCAACGCAGCAGGACGCAAGUGGCUAUUACCAACCUGCCGGUCCAUUGAUCUCACCACACGUUCUACCAACUGUAGCCGCAGCACCACCGCCGCCUCCUAAUGUGCCACUUCUGCCGACAGUUGCCAGCUCUGCUUCCGCUUCUUCUAUCAAGAAAUCUCAACAAAUACCCGCGCCGCUUAGCUCCGAUCCGGAGCUUGCUGCCGGCCAACAGCCACCACCAUCGGCUACAGCCGCAGAUAGCGCAGACAGUGAUGUGCUUAUUACUGGCGGCGAUUUGACACCAUUCCGUUAUCCGCCGGUCGCACAUAGCGGCGCGCCCACCACACAGCACCAGCAGGUGCAGCAGCAACAGCAUCAACAACAGCUUCAUCAACAAGCUGCCGCCGCUGCUGCCGCAGCUGCUGCUGCUGCGGCUGCCGCCGCUCAUCAGAGCUCACCAUAUCCACGUUCGAUGCAUGCGCAGAUGCACUAUUCGACUGCGUAUCCGGCCAACUAUUGUACACCAUAUCCGGUGGAAGCGGUGUGCUACUCACCGCCCACCUAUCAACCCUACUUUUCGACCAAAGUCUACCAGAGCGCCGGCCCGCCACCACCUUCUACAUACCGACGCUAUCCAUACUAUCAGCCAGGUCAUCCGCCUCCGCCAGCCGAACUGUACGAACAGGGACCACCACCACCACCACCAACAGCGGCUAUGGGUGCAGCACAAUCAACUGGACCGCCACCACCAACGUCCAUACAGGGACCACCACCAUCAGCACCGCCCCCCGGAACACAACUUGUGCCGGCUGGACCGGCAGCACACGGACAACAUCUCGAACAUUAUCCAGGUCCGCCGGGCUAUUAUACCGGCUAUAGUCCGGGCGGUAGCGCUGCAGGGCAGUGCUAUACGCGCAGCAUACAGGGACCGUAUAUGGAAUAUCCACCACAGUGUCCGUGUCCAAUGCAACAAUCGUGUCCAAAAAACGUCCAUACUGGGCCUCAUAUUGGUAGCAACAACGGCAGCAACAGCAACAGCAGCAGCAGCUGCAGCACGAACAACAGCAGCAACAGCAAUUGCUCAACGAUGAGUCAUUUGAGCAACAACAACAAUAUGUUGAUGAAUGGCAGCAACAGCAACAGCAGCAGGGAAAUCAACAACAGCAGCAACAGCAACAGCAACAACAACAGUUCGAAUAUGACGAACCACAGCCAGAACAGCAGGAGCAGCAGCAACAACAACAGCAGCUCAAUCAACAAUUCAUUGACUACCAGUAGAGGCCCAGUUAAAAAAUCGACGACGACGACAACACUAAACACAACAACAACACACGCUAGCGUACCAGUAACAGCGACAGCAAUGGCUUUAGCAUCAGCAACACCAACCGAAAUCGACGAUCUGUUACUGUUCGGCAAGCAACAUACGCAACAGCAUUUAGAUCUGUUUCAAGCCGUUAAGUCCGAGCUGAAAUUAGAGGAAUCGGACAAUAAAAGCCAGUACGAGGAGAGCGUAGUACAGCCACCAACGCCGCCUGAGAGCUACACGACCAACGAUGAAAAACUGUUAGACACGCUAACGGAGCAGGAGUUGUCAACGGCGUCGUUGCCGGCGGCGGCGGCGGCGGCGGCACUUGAAGAGGCUAAUGCAAAGCUGCACUUACGCAGCGCACAAAGUGACAACAAAAUGGCAGUGCCUUUGGUUGGCAGACAACAGGCAACGCCGCAAUAUGUGAGCAGUAACGGUAACAAUGCGCCGCCAGUACUUGAAGCCUACGACUUGACAUCAGUUACGGAGACACCACCACCAUCCACGCCAAAUUCAACGGUAUCUACCAAUAGCAGCACCACCAACUCCACCACAACCGCCAACAAUUGUGCCGUAUUUCCAAUAUUGGGGCGCAAAGCGCGUAUUGGUAAGACGAUGGCGCGUGAGAUGGUCUACGCAGGCGCCGCUGCAAAUGUGACAGCGCAGACACAGAGCAGUUUACAAACGCAUACGACACCAAUGAUACAUGUGCGCACAUUGCCGCAGCAACCGCAUGCAAUUGUACAACCACAACAGCAACUGCAACAGCCGCCAACGCAGACGCAGCCGCACCAGCAAACGCAAACACAAUUUGUGGCACUCCAAUCGGAGCAGCUGUUGACUGCUAUCACACCAAGUCCUUCACCACAAGUGCCAGCCACAUUAAGCGAGUCCUUUCCAGCCGCGGAGAUUGCGCAGUCAACGCUGCAGACGCCUUUUAUAUUGAAGACAGAAAUAAAGGCAGAAAAGAUUAAGCUGGAAGACGAUGAGCCGCUAUUAAAUGCUGUAUUGCAAAUGCAACAACAACAAGAGUCCAAUCACAACCAUGACAAAGACAAUGAGAAGGCUGAAUUGAAGCUUAUCAAGGCUGAGCCACUGACAUUGAACUGUGAAGAUGUGUCGGCCGAAGUUUCUGAUGCUAUGGCUACGCCAACAUUGAAACCGUUAGGCCGCAUGCGUCUUUUACCCAGCUGGCAACAGCCACCAGUAAUUCAAUGCGACAUUGACCUCUCCACAACCUCAGAUGAUGAUGUGCUCGAUCUUUGCCACAGUCCAGCACUAUCUACAACGGGCAGUUGCCAAAAGACACGCCUCAAGAUACUAAACCUGCCCAAGGCACAACUACAGUGUAAGAAAUCUUCACCUAACGGUUACAAAAGUCUCAUUAAACAAGCCGAACCGCGCACAUAUUUGUGCCUGAGCGGCCGAAAGCUCGAUAAACGUGGGCGUUACAGUAAACUGCAGUUAAGGCAAGCCAAAGCAGGUGGCGUUAAUGCGACAAUACGUCGGCGUCAGCUAGUGCUGACCGAUAAGCAAAAGAAGCAACUGAAGUUGCGUAAGAAAAAGUUGCAAGCGCUAGAACGCCGCAAACAGGAGAUCUUGGAAAAGCGCCGCGCAGCUGCCAAACAGGAACGUUUGCAGCGCCGAAAGCAGCGCAAGAAGUCGAUUACACUCAGUGACAUAAAACAAGAAGAUAUAGAGCCAUGCGCGGAUGAGAUCGUCGAUUUGGUAGAAGAACCCGAGCAGACAGAAAGCGAAUUCAGUGAAACCACGCAAACAGAUGUGCCAACAAUGCGCAUGCUGCUGACCGAAAGCAGUAGCAAUAGUAACAGUAGCAGCAGUCUGAGUACGCUUCGAAUUACGCCGAAACCUUCACCGAAGCGUGGCAAGACACCACGAAAAACUUGUAUACCGCUGCACUUGAUCGAAACCAUCGACUCGGUGGCGCGUGGCUACUUCUCUGAACCCGAAACGUCACGUUGCAAUGGCACGCAUAAUCAGUAUACAAACUGCGAUGCUGCUGACGUUACCGAACAGGCUGCGGAUAAGGCAGCAACUGAACGUAAACAGAAGAAAGACAAAAAGGCGUGCGCUGAGAAGCGCUCCAAGUCGGAGACGAAGAAACCUAUUAAAACCACAACAGCAGCAGCGCACACUGCUGCGCCUGAGACUAUUGAUGUAAACUACACACUUAUGGCGGCGAUGGCGCGUGCCGCACAAACUACCUCAAUCACCGAAGCUGCGUUGGCUUCACGCAAUGUAGAGCCCAACACAGCCUUGGAUUUGACACAGGUCACAGAAGAGGCGUACGCCGCACCAACGGCAAUUGUCAACAGCAACAGCAGCACAAAUAAAAUGUCAAACAAGUCAAAGCGCACGCCGGCUAAACGGAAAACGACAAAAGCAAAGAAAUCGAAAAAGCCAAAGUCAAAUAAGCAGAAACUUAAACAGCAAGACUGUGACUACAACAACUAUACUUUGGAAACAACUGAGGAAGCGCCGCUGCAGGCCACAGAGCAACUGGCAUUGGAGACUAACAACAACAUAUAUGACAAAUGCAACGCGGAAGGCAGUGCAGUGGAAGAGACCGAAGCUGGACCAGCACAAAUGGCAACAGAAGAGCUGGAUGAGACGCCGGCGCUACAAGAAGUCGUGCAAGAACAGCAGUAUGCGCCGCCACACGAUAAACAUUCCAAUGCACAAGUGUUCCUGCCGCCGGUGCCGCCAAUGCCGCGCAUUGUUUGCCAGCCGCAUCACGGUACUAAACGUACGCGUUCACGCUCGAAAUUCGGCAGUCGCAAACGGCAGAAGGUGAAACAUUCCACAGUCUCCUUCGAAUUAGACGACCGCCUACCGCCAGCAACGCGCGGCGAUGUCGUGCCAAAGUGGAAUAACGGUUGGACGUGGGAGGGUGAGCCGUUCCAGCGCGCAGUAUUUCUGAAUAGCGACGAUCCGCUAGUCAUACGCACCUGCUAUCUCGCCAUGCGUCACUCGGAGGGCGACAUAAUACGCACACGCGACUGUGUGCUGCUCAAAGCGAAUGAGGAUAAUGAUCUGCCAUAUGUGGCAAAGGUGGCGCAUCUCUGGGAGAAUCCCGAAGAUGGUGAAAUGAUGAUGUCGUUGCUGUGGUACUACCGACCCGAACACACCGAGCAGGGACGCCAGCCUAACGAUAGUCCCGACGAGGUGUACGCGUCCAGACAUCGCGAUCACAACUCAGUUGCCUGCAUUGAAGAUAAGUGCUAUGUGCUCACUUUCAGCGAAUAUUGUAGAUACCGCCGUCGUCUACGCGCUGCAGAGGAGGACAUCGAAGAGGAGGUCUCCAUAGUGCCCAAACGCUCCAGCUGUUAUAGCAUACGCACCGUGCCUGAGAAUACAAAUCCCGAACUGGUUAUGUUCUGCCGGCGCGCGUACGAAUUUCGCACGAGGCGGCUGUUAAAGAUGCCCAACAAACAGGAUUAUAUUGUGGUGAACGGCUAAGCCGACAGCAGAAAAUACUUGAAAAUUUGUUUGUUUGAAGUAGCAAAUGCUGGAGGCAGCGGCGCAGCCACUACGCUUGUAUAUGUUGCUUUUGUAGACCUGUUGAGAACAACAACAACAACAAUUUGCUGCUAAAUUGUUUAUAGUUUUGAAACAUUUUGGCAAGGCAUAUAAUGGGUGUUACAAGAGCGUCAAUCAAUUAUGCUGCUGAAAUUAGUAAUGAAAAGUCAUUAGAGCCUGUAACGGUAAUUUUUUGUUUGCAUUAUUUAUUUUUAAGUGAAAUAUUUAAGUGACUUAUUUUACACUUAUC